UCCAAACUUUGUCACUGCCUUCAUUUCUCUGCACUUUUUAUUUAGAUUUUUUUUGGCGAAGCUGAUAAAAUGACGUUAACCCAUCAACUCUCUUCUUCCAUGCUUUCAUCUUCUUCAUCCAGUUUCUUUGCCCCUUUAAAUUUGCAUCCCGGAACUCGAAAUGCGUCGUUGCCCGUGACUAAGAGAGUCAGUACCUGCAAAUGUGUCGCCACUCCGCAAGAGCAGAUCGCAUACAAGACAAAUGUGUCCCGGAAUUCAAACAUGUCAAAACUCCAGGCCGGAUACCUGUUCCCAGAGAUUGCAAGAAGAAGAGGUGCACACUUGCAGAAAUACCCAGAUGCUCAGAUUAUAAGUCUCGGAAUAGGUGAUACAACCGAGCCCAUUCCUGAGGUUAUUACUGCUGCAAUGGCAAAGAGGGCUUAUGAUUUGUCCACAUUAGAGGGUUACAGUGGUUAUGGUGCCGAACAAGGUGAAAAGCCACUUAGAGCUGCCAUCGCUAAGACAUACUACAGUGGUCUUGGCAUAGGGGAGGAAGAUAUUUUUGUCUCAGAUGGUGCAAAAUGUGACAUUUCCCGCCUUCAGAUUCUCUUUGGCUCCAACAUUACAAUAGCUGUACAAGACCCGUCAUACCCGGCUUAUGUCGACUCCGGUGUUAUAAUGGGUCAGACCGGACAGUUCAAUACAGAUGUUCAAAAGUACGGAAACAUCGAGUACAUGAGAUGCAAUCCUGAGAAUGGUUUCUUUCCCGAUUUAUCCUCCGUUGGGAGAACAGAUGUCAUUUUCUUCUGUUCCCCGAACAACCCUACUGGCGCUUCUGCCACGAGAGAGCAACUGACUCAGUUAGUUCAGUUUGCAAAGAAAAACGGGUCAAUCAUCGUAUAUGAUUCUGCAUAUGCAAUGUAUAUUUCUGAUGACAACCCUCGUUCCAUUUUCGAGAUCCCUGGAGCUGAAGAGGUCGCGAUAGAGACAUCUUCAUUCAGUAAAUAUGCCGGUUUUACCGGAGUUCGUCUCGGUUGGACCGUUGUCCCGAAACAGCUGCUCUUUUCGGACGGAUUUCCGGUUGCAAAGGACUUCAACCGUAUUGUUUGUACUUGCUUCAACGGUGCAUCUAAUCUCUCUCAAGCCGGUGGUCUCGCUUGCCUUUCCCCCGAAGGCCUUGAGGCAAUGCAAAAGGUGAUAGGAUUCUACAAAGAGAACACGGAGAUAAUCAUCGAGACGUUCACUUCCCUCGGCUACAGCGUCUAUGGAGGGAGGAACGCGCCAUAUGUGUGGGUUCACUUCCCGGGCAGGAGCUCAUGGGACAUGUUCGCGGAGAUACUGGAGAAGACUCACGUGGUUACGACACCUGGCAGCGGGUUCGGACCGGGUGGCGAAGGGUUCGUCCGUGUCAGUGCCUUUGGUCACAGAGAGAACAUCUUGGAGGCCUGUCGUAGAUUCAAGCAGCUCCUCUCCAAGUGAAGGUUGAAUCCCCCAUGGCUGCCCUCUCUUGGUAAUCCUCUGCAUGACGUGGAGGUUUUAGUUCUCUCUCUCUCUCUCUCUCUCUCUCUCUUCUCUUCUCUUCUCCAUCUAUCUAUGGAAGGUUAAGAACUUGGAAAUAAGAUGUUGUCGGAUGUUGUUGUCUCGUUUUGGACACUCUCUCUCCUCUCUGCGUUUCUCAAAUCCGAACACUAUUGGUUUAAUAAAAUUUCGAUAUUGAGAAAGAAAGAAAA